AUGAACUUUGUUGAUCCCAUCGAAAUUACGAGAAAGGUUAUCGAUGGUAUCUACGAGGGGGUCACGACCGUUGAGCUCGAUAAUUUGGCAGCCGAAACGGCCGCGUACAAGACCACGACACACCCAGAUUAUGCCGUACUGGCAGCGCGGAUUGCCAUCAGCAAUCUUCACAAGGAGACCAAGAAAAGUUUUAGCCAAGUCAUUCAGGAUUUGCAUGACUAUGUGAAUCCAAAGACUGGCCGCCCGAGCUCCAUGAUAUCCGAAGAGACUUUCAAUACUGUGAUGAAACAUCGCGAACUUCUGGACUCCGCUAUCAUCUAUGAGCGUGACUUCCACUACAACUUCUUUGGCUUCAAAACUCUAGAACGCUCUUACCUCUUGCGCAUUAAUGGAAAAGUUGCUGAACGGCCUCAGCACAUGCUCAUGCGUGUCGCUGUUGGCAUUCACGGUGAAGACAUAGAAAGUGCCAUUGAGACAUACAACUACAUGUCUGAAAAGGCAUUCACACAUGCAUCGCCGACUCUGUUUAAUGCUGGCACACCUAAUCCGCAAAUGUCGUCGUGCUUCUUGGUGUCUAUGAAAGAAGACUCUAUCGAGGGUAUUUACGACACUCUCAAGACGUGUGCUAUGAUAAGCAAGACGGCUGGUGGCAUCGGUCUAAACAUCCACAAUAUCCGUGGUACAGGCUCAUACAUUGCUGGCACGAAUGGAGUAAGCAAUGGAAUUGUGCCCAUGCUUCGAGUUUUCAACAACACGGCUCGUUACGUCGACCAAGGCGGCAACAAACGACCAGGUGCGUUUGCCAUUUAUCUGGAGCCGUGGCACCCUGAUGUGUUUGAAUUCGUGGAUCUUCGUAAAAACCAUGGAAAGGACGAGGUUCGCGCACGCGAUUUGUUCCUGGCCAUGUGGGUGCCAGACCUUUUCAUGAAGCGUGUUGAGAAGAAUGAGGAUUGGUCUCUUAUGUGUCCAGCUGAAGCACCAGGUCUUGCUGAUUGCUACGGCGAGGAGUUCGAAGAGCUUUAUGAACGUUAUGAGCGUGAGGGUCGUGCAAAACGAUCCGUCAAGGCCCAGAAGCUGUGGUAUGCCAUUCUGGAGGCUCAAAUAGAGACGGGCAAUCCGUUCAUGUUAUACAAAGAUGCGGCCAACCGCAAAAGUAAUCAGAAGAACCUCGGCACGAUCAAGAGCUCCAAUCUCUGUACCGAAAUCAUGGAAUACAGUUCGCCAGAGGAGACGGCAGUGUGUAACCUAGCCUCGAUUGCACUGCCCACAUUUAUUGAAGGAACUGGCGCCUCGAAGAUAUACAACUUCCAGCGGUUGCACGAUGUCGCUAAAGUUGUGUGCAAGAAUCUCAAUCGGAUCAUCGAUAUCAACUACUACCCAGUUCCUAGCGCCCGGCGCUCAAAUAUGCGCCAUCGUCCAAUUGGAAUUGGUGUACAGGGUCUGGCUGAUGCGUUCAUGAUCAUGGGCUAUCCGUUUGACAGCCAAGAAGCACGCCGUCUGAACCUGCAGAUUUUCGAGACCAUCUACCACGCCGCGCUCGAGCGUUCAUGCGAGCUCGCAGAACAGUAUGGCACGUACGAAACGUACCAAGGAAGUCCGGCUUCUCAAGGCAUCUUGCAAUACGACAUGUGGAACCGCACUCCCACCGACUUGUGGGAUUGGGCAUCACUGAAGGCCAAGAUCGCUCAGCAUGGCCUUCGCAACUCGCUGCUUCUUGCACCAAUGCCUACGGCUUCAACAAGUCAAAUCCUUGGGUUCAACGAGUGCUUCGAGCCGUACACUAACAACAUUUACAUGCGACGUGUCCUCGCUGGCGAGUUCCAAGUCGUCAACCCGUGGCUCUUGCGGGAGCUCGUGGAACUUGGUCUUUGGAAUGAUUCGAUGAAGCAGAAAAUCAUUGCACAUGGCGGGUCGAUCCAGAAUAUACCUGGCAUUCCCGACCACAUCAAGGCCCUGUACAAGACUGUGUGGGAAAUUAGCCAGAAAGUGAUUAUUGAUAUGGCUGCUGAUCGUGGCGCCUUUGUGUGCCAAAGCCAAAGUCUGAAUAUCCACCUGAGUGCGCCGAGUUUUGGCCAGCUGACGUCGAUGCACUUUUACGGCUGGAAGAAGGGUCUUAAGACUGGCUCGUACUACUUGCGCACUCGUCCGGCAGCCAGUGCCAUUCAAUUUACCGUAAGCAAUGAAGAGAUUGCUGAGGCCAAGGCUACAAGGAAAGCUGUGAAUGCCCAGAGGGCUGCUGCUGCCUCUGCAGCAUCGACGAUGGCAUCUACCCAAGCGCCAACCCCGUCCUCUGUUGUGACUGAACCGCGUCCCGUCGUUGAUCGCGGAUACGAAUCAAUGGUCCAAGGUGUUGGACGUCUUGGUGUUGAUGGGACAGUCACCGAGGAUGGGCCCGGAAAGGAUCGACCUGCCGCUGACGCGUCGGGACAGCCCUCCGAGGAUGAAGGUUUUCUGGCCGCUCAGGAGCGCCAGCGACGUCGUCAAGAAGAAGCGGAUGAACGACUCGCGUGCUCUCUUGAAAAUAAAGAUGCAUGUCUAAUGUGUUCAGGAUAA